AUGAUGCACUUCGCGCAUUAUUAUUAUUAUUAUUUGUUAUUUUACGCCGGCGAAUUCGGAGAAGGCGACGGUUCCUUCACGGAGGUCGCGGAGCGAGGCUGCUCCAAGCACACGAAGAAGAAGCGGUGCAACCGCAAGCGCAAGUGCGUGUGGAUCGGCGGCUCGCACGAGUGCCUCGCGGACUGCGAGGUCCUCACCAAGGAAUCGCGGUGCCGCAAGAAGCGGAAUUGCGUCUACAAGAGCGGCGCGUGCCGGUUCAAGCACGCCUGCGCCUACAAGAUCUCGCACGGCAAGUGCAAGAAGGCCUCGAAGUGCCGCGUGAAGAAAUUCGCGGGCGCCGAGAAGUUCGACGCGCACGGCCAGAAGAUGUGGCUCUGCGAGCAGAACUAG